AUAAGGUUUGUUUUUCUUUUCUUUUUACCUUGUCCUUAUAGUUUUUGUUCUGUACUGAAAAAUACAGCAGGUGUCUGUUCAUAUAUACAACUAUGCCGAUGAACCAAAACCAAAUUUUCCGGCCAAUAGCAUCGCUUUUCCGGUGAAAUUGGCAAAUCGCGAAGCUUUCCGUCCAGAUCUGCUAAAUGUUGAAUAACUGAAGGUAGAAUUUGGAGUUUUGAAAAAAAAAUUAAUGUUACUUUGCGUGAGAUUUUGAGAUUGCAUUUUGUAUUAACAUAUGAAGAUGGAGGAUAGUGUGAGAUCAGGGGGUGGUGUACUGAAGAAGAAAAGCUCUUCUGGUUGUUUAAUUAUUAAAAGGAAAGAUGAUAGGUUGGGCAUUGGAGGGAUCAGUUCUUCAGGGGCUUCACAGAAGGUGAAGAACAGGCCUAUGUUUGUAAUAAAUGAGUAUGAGUCGAGUGAUGAGAUAUCAGAGUCAAUUCAGCGAAAAAAUGGUCAAGUUUUUAGUAAUGGUUCUGUUUUUUAUGGAAGAAGUGGUGUUAGAGAUGGUGAAUUUGGUAGAAGUAUGAAUUUGUCCAAUUUUAACAAGCAUGAAGAAUGUGAUACGAAAAUGCAAUCGAAUGUGUAUGGUGAUGAUAGAUUUAACAUGGUUGAAAGAAGAGGGGGUUCGAGAGAGUUUGGGAUUGAGUCUACAAGUGUAAUGGUUGAGAAGAGGAAGCUUUCGUAUAUGGAUAGUUCAAGUAGUUUUUCGGGUAGUAGGUCAAAGGGCGAUGGCAAUGGAUUUAAGAGAAGGUAUGGUUUAUUAGAGGAUGGAGUGCAUAUGCCCAUGUCAUUGCCAAGAGAAGCCUCUCAUGAAUCAAUCAGAUUGCAAGGGAAAAAUGGGGUAUUGAAGGUUAUGGUGAAUAAGAAGAAGAAGAUCGACUUCAGGCCCAAGGAAUAUGAUCCUGUGGAAAUUGAAGGUAGAAAAGGCUCUUGCUCGGCAGAUGUUGUCAAGAGGAAUUUUCAAGUCCGUCCAUCCUUUUACUGGGGUCCUAAACAACCUGAAAAGCAACCUUUGUUGAUUCAAACAGAGGGAAAUGAGCUGAAACCACAAAAACCUUUGUUGGGUAAAAGCACCCAUUUAGUGGCCUCUGAAAAAGAUGAGACUGAUACGUCACUAAAGUUGGCACCUCCUAGUUUGCAGCCUGCCAGCUCAGCAAUACGUGUGCUGAAGGAAGAAAGCAGGCCCUUGCCGUCUGAAGAUGUUACCCCUGCUAAAAGAAAAGAUGGAAAAGUGAAUCGAGGUGGGAGCACUGAGAAGCAGAAGUUGCGAGAACAAAUAAGAGGAAUGCUCAUUGAAGCUGGAUGGACCAUUGAUUAUAGACCAAGAAAGAACAGAGAAUAUCUGGAUGCAGUGUACAUUAAUCCUAGUGGAACAGCCUAUUGGUCAAUAAUUAAGGCCUAUGAAGCAUUUCAAAAACGAUCGGAGGUAGAUUCAGGUAAAAGCAAACCUGAUGGCAGCUCUUGUUCAUUUGCUCCAAUAUCAGAAGAUUUAAUUAAUAAACUUACCAGGCAAACACGGAAAAAAAUUGAGAAAGAAAUGAAAAAGAAAAGAAAAGAUGAUGACCAGAGACAAGAUCCUAAACAGACUUUUGUGAGGGAGUCUGUGUUGGGCAUAUGCAGUGAUCAGCGCGAGAAGAAGUUCAAUAGCUAUAUAAUGAAGACAGAUAAGUUGCUGCAAGGAAAAUUACAUGCAUCAGACCAGGAGAGUGGGGAUAAUUCAAGUGAUAACUCAUUGCAGGCAAGGAAACUUAAACAGGAUAUGGCUGGAAAAGCAUCUGUUGGAGUUGCUUCUAAUUCAAUACAUGGAAGAAAAAGUAAAUUAAUUGGACGAUGUACAUUGCUGGCCCGUCAUUCUGACAAGGGGGAAAAUUCAGAUAGUGAUGGAUAUGUUCCAUAUACUGGAAAAAGAACCUUAUUGUCCUGGUUGAUUGACUCCGGAAUAUUGAAGUUGAGACAGAAGAUUCAAUAUGUGAACCGUAGAAGGACAACAGUAAAACUAGAAGGUUGGAUCACACAAGAUGGUGUCCACUGUGGUUGCUGUAGUAAAAUCCUUCCAGUUUCAAGAUUUGAGCUCCAUGCAGGAAGUAAACGGCAUCAACCAUUUCAAAACAUAGUUUUAGAGUCUGGAGCUUCCUUACUAGAGUGCUUGGUUGACGCAUGGAAUCAGCAAAAAGAGUCUGAUCGCCAGAAUUUCUACAAUAUAGACAUUGAUGGUGAUGAUGGUGAAGAUGAUGUUUGUGGUAUUUGUGGUGAUGGUGGUGACCUUAUCUGUUGUGAUGGUUGCCCAUCAACUUUUCAUCAGAGCUGUCUAGGAAUACAAAUACUUCCUACAGGCCUUUGGCAUUGUCCAAAUUGCACUUGCAAAUUUUGUGGGGCUGCUAGUAGAAACCCUGCUGAGGAUAGUGAGACAGUAGUCUACAAAUUUCUUUCUUGCUGCCUCUGUGAGAAAAAAUAUCAUAAAUCAUGCAGUUUGGAGAUGAAUGCUUUACCUGCUAUUUCCAAUAAUCCAUCUGGUACAUUUUGUGGGAAGAAAUGCCAGGAGCUGUAUGACCAUUUACAGAAUAUUCUUGGUGUCAAGCAUGAACUUGAAGCAGGAUUCUCAUGGUCCCUGAUUCAACGAACAGAUUUGGACUCAGAUACUUCUCAUUGCCCCUUUCCUCAACAGGUGGAGUGCAAUUCUAAGCUAGCUGUUGCACUGGCUGUUAUGGAUGAAUGUUUCGUGCCCAUUGUCGACAGGAGAAGUGGGAUAAAUAUUAUUCACAAUGUUCUCUACAACACUGGCUCAAAUUUAAGUCGGCUGAAUUUUUGUGGCUUCUACACUGCAAUUCUGGAAAGGGGUGAUGACAUAAUAUCUGCUGCAUCUAUACGGAUCCGUGGAACUCAACUUGCAGAAAUGCCAUUCAUUGGGACCAGGAAUAUAUAUAGGCAGCAAGGGAUGUGUCGUCGACUAUUUGAUGCUAUUGAGACAGUCCUCUCCACUUUAAAAGUUGAGAAGUUAAUCAUUCCUGCUAUAUCUGAGCAUCUGCAUACCUGGGCCAAGGUUUUUGGAUUCGAUGAACUUGAGGAAUCAAACAAGCAAGAAAUGAAAUCCAUCAGUAUGUUGGUGUUUCCUGGUACAAACAUGUUACAAAAGAAGAUACUGAAGAAAGAUGUGCAAGAGGCUUGUGUGUUACAGCAAAGUCAUCCUCCAUCGCCUGUUUUGGUUGAAAAAACGGAUCAGGAAUCAUCUCUCAGGCGUGCCGGACAUCUGCAUGAUGGCGUAUGUGUGAACAUCGUCGAAAAACCUGAUGACAGGUUUGGUCCAAUGGAUUCUGACUCUCCAGUUUCUGCCGUUCAGUUAAGUGAUAGCACUGUGGUUAGAGCACAAGGUGGUUGUUGCAAGUCAGACACCCAAGUUUCCAGUAAGGAGGUGGAGAAGAAUUUUGUUGAAUCAGCCACAAAGUGGAUGCUCUCUUCUCCUCCAUCUGGCGCAAGUGACGGCAGGCCUGAUACUGAAGAUGCAGCACUAGGUCCUGCAAACAUUCUCAACUCUGGUAUAGAGCCUAUCAAUGUAAAAGUUUAGAAAGAAAAUGCACUUGUUAUAAGUUAUAGCACCCUGGUCUUGAUUCAUUAGCUGAAGUUUCUUCUGGGAACAUGUCGGCAGAAAAAUAGCUUGAAGAUGCUUCUGAUAGUUCUGUCCACUAAUAACAAUCGGAAAGAUAUUUGGGUGGUUUCUGUAGAUAGCUGUUUUCUAGACCCUGCUGUCCAAAGUGCUUGAAAAGAAGUCAGCAGCAAUAGACAUGGUUUAACAUAUACCUUGACCCCUUGUGGAAUUGGCAAGGCCCUUACAGUCUCACUCAGUGUAAUUAACCAAAGCAUAUAUGAUGUGGUAAUGAGCUACAUGUGGCUCCAAAACAAGCUUCCGAUUCUAAAUGCACUGGUGAUGCAAUUUAUGAAUGAGGGCAAUUUGGAUUCCUCUGCAGUUUAUGAUGGAAGUAAUGUUAGAAUUAGUGCCGAAGUUUCUUUUCAUAAAGCUGCAAUUCAUUCAUCAAAUGAGACUUCUUGAUGUGGUUAGGCAAAAAUCAUUGAAGUAAAUGUGAUCUGUUUCUUGUUCUGCUGAUGCUUCUGCACAACUUGGUGGUGAUGAAAAGAUUGAGAAAUAUGCUUUUGUUAGUGUUCUAAUCCUACUAGUUAUGUUGUUUGGAGCUGUUUGGGUUGGUUUUCUGUUGAACUGAUUCUUGAUGCUUCCUUCAGAUCUUUGUCUCAAUUGUGCAAGAGGCUGUUUGUAGCCGGGUAGACAAAAAUUACUCCGCAAUGGUAUUGGUCUAAAUUAUAUGCUUGUUUCCAUGUGAUCUAGAUCUAGGUGGAAGUUGAAAUCAAGUUGGAAGGCUAUUGCAGCUUUUGAGUAGGUGCAUUGAGCAACACAGUGGUGGCGUAUGUGAUGGCGUGAAUGAGAAAUGAAUUCAAUUAUUUUGUUGGAACAUGUUUAACAGCGCUAAUGUUUCUUGUGUUGCCGUCUAGACAGAUUAUUACUUAUACUAUAGUUAGUCAGAAGAUGCUUGGGUGAAAUUUUUGGAGAACUCUGCUGACUUUAUCGGUAAAUGUUAUUCAAGGUCCAUGAGAUCUUUGAAAUUCAUUAUUUCAUCCA